CUUGCUGCAGCACUGCGGGCGCUUGGAACAUCAUGAGAAACAUAAAGCCACCAACAUGUCCUCUGCUUUGCUCAUUAAUGAUCAUACAUACUCCCCGCGAUGACACAAGCCGCUCCCGACAAGUUCUUGGACUUUGACGAUGCGGACGUGUACAAAGACACCCUGGAGCGCAAUCUGCGCGACGCGACACGGAACUUCGUCAUCGAGUUUGGCGCAGACGAGGCUCGAAUCGCCUUCAAUUAUUCUACUGAAGGCGUGUCGGAUUUACUGAAGACAAAGCCUUCCUCGAAGCUACCUGUGAGAUGGAUAAACAUUUGGGGGCCUCAUCGACAGCCUGAGCUCGUCGACGUACUUGGAACCCAUUACAAGUUUUCCCUGAGACUGCAAGCCAUAAUCCGAUCCCCUCCACCGAAAGACCAAGCUCCUUCUACAGACAAAGAUAAACAUGUCAGUCGCUUCAGCAGGCGAAAACCCUGGCAGAAGAAUGAUCCCGAGAUUGCCUUGACAAGCUUGGAAUCUUCCGCCAGUUCCUCCACUGCACCUCCACUUAUACGAAGUAACACCACACGAGGUAUUAGUAACGAUGUCGAUCAUUAUACACUGGCAGACCAGAUGCAGAAUUAUCAUGCUCUUGAUGUUGGGCGACACUAUGUUUGUAUAGGCGCCAACUGGAUGCACGAGCUACCCACAAAGAUAGACGAGCGUGUAGAUAUCGUGGAAGAAGGAAAGCAAAAGCGGUUGUACUCCUGGCUUUUCCUUUGUGAUGACCAUACUGUGAUAUCUUUCCAUGAGUAUCCCGGCCAAGUCAAAGAUCCGACUCAUCUCAAAGCCAUGCGGAGCAACACCUUGAGUGUCUUGAGACAACUUUCGAAUGUUGGCCUUGACAAGACGGAUCCGCUCUCUGUACAGUCAGUUCGAUACGCAUUGAAAUCUGACGUUGGUGUCCUCCCUUCUCAGACUACACCCGAUAUCGAGGGCUCGAGUUUGCUCCUCUAUUACUUAUUUGACGAUUGGCGUGCCGUGUACUCUACGGUUGGGAAAUUCCACGAUAGACUGAAUACUUUGCAAAAUGCCAUCUUCGACGAAUUGUCUCGGAAAUCCCAUAAAACUCCAAAUGUCGAGAUCAUCCCCAAGCUCCACGUCCUCGGUCGUCAAGUCAGACAAAUGCAGCACGUGUACAAGGGGUACAAGAAUCUUUGCAACCGAGUCAUUGACCCCAAGGCAACAACGAUACAGGGAAGCGAAAAACCCAAUGCCAGCAUCGUUUAUAUCUCUCAGUCAGCCAGUCAGCGAUUUGAACGUCUAGGUGAUCGAAUCGAUAUCCUGAUUCUGAGCGAGAUGGAAGAGUACACCGCCGAAAAGGAGUCCCUGAUAUCUACAUAUUUCAACAUCAACGCCCAAAAGGAUUCCGAAGCCGCAGCUCGCCUGACUCGAGCCGCGACGCUCCUGGCAAAGCUCAGCGUGCUCUUCCUCCCAGUCAGCUUCCUGACCAGCUAUUUCUCAACGCAGAUCACUGAUCUCCAACCGACAUUUACGUCAAAGAAUUACUGGCAUGCCUUCGCCGUCAUCAUGAGUGGAUCUUUCUUGGCUUUAUUCUUUUUCAGUAGGCUAUUGAUGUAUGUCACGGAAACUUUGGAUACGUGGACGAAGCAGCUUGGUAAGUAUUUCACGGAUAUGUUUAAAAGGAAAAAGGCAGACUGAAAAUGUGGCGUGGCGUUUAUUGUCAUAUCUGGAUGGUGGUAUAUAUGCAUUGAUUUCUCGAUAUUGGAUAGGCGAUUUAAAUGUACCAAGGAAUGGAUAGUCGAUUGUAGAAUAUAAUUAUUGAAACUCGGGCUCAGCGGUCGACAUUCGAUAGGUCAGUCGAGUCCCAGCUCACGUUUCAUGGACUUGAAAGACUCAGAAAGUGUGGAAGAUUCACUGUAGUUCAGCUGCAAUUAUCUUUAGCGUCUCCUAGUGCUUUUGAAUUUUUGAGGUGGUUUUUUGGUAUCUUGCUUCUUGAUAUCUUGCUCUGGAGUAUCUAUCCAGAAACCAUUAGUAGACUGGUGUCUGUACCACCAAGUAGCUGAUGAAUGACCUAGCUUGAAGUUUGUGAAU